UAUUCGUGUCGAGGCGUGAAAGGGUCCGGACUCGCAACAUUAUUGCCCUGAAAAUGUUCGUAAAUUGGCCAACACCGCUUGAAGAUUUGAAUCCUCAACGUCACAGGAUGGUAUGUAUUAGUUGUCUUAAAUAAUUUUGCAGUGAUCAAGGGAAGAUAGUCUGUAAAGUUACUGUGAAGUUGAGGAUGUGUAGACUGAAUCAGCCGCCUCUUCUACGAGGCUCUAAAUGGUUUUCGCUUCCUUUGACAGCCUUAAGCUAAAAAGAUCAACGAGGAAUAUUCAUACUAUGAUGGACAUAACAAAUUUAAAACUUUGUUUGACUAUUAAAAAGGUUAACUCUUACGAAAUGUCAAUAAUCAUUUUGGUGUUGUCACAUAUUCUGUUGUUAUCCGGCAAGUUGGUCGGUCAACUUCUUAGUCCACAUUCUUCAUCAAAGCUGAUCAAAGCAAACUUCCUUAUUGCAAAAGUAACAUAUUUUUUUAAUGCUCAGAGUGAUAUAAAACCAGUGUAUUUCUUCUGUUUUCCAAAUACAAUUUGCAUGCCCUUUUUGCGCAAUUGGAAUACCGGAAGCGAUUCUGCGAAAUAAUACUAUGCAAUACAGUGAAAGCUCCAGUGACUGGAUAUCCUUGGGACAGGAAGAAGUGUCCACUUGGGCGACAUGUCCAUUUAAGGGAAGUAGUGUGUGUAUGUAGCUGGCUUGAUUAACUGCCUGCUUGUCACUUUAUGAGAGGUGUCCGCUUGUAGAGGUUCAACUGUACUUCUUGUUACUGGAAGACAAUUAUUGUUACUUCUUCCUUAUAUUUCUAGGAAUAUCAUUUGGCGUCAAAACAAUCUUUCUAAGAACUCAAGGAAUAUUUAUUUUCUUUUAACUUCUUUUAUUGACUUUCCGACUAAUUUUUACGCUAACCUUUUUUUAACCCCAAACCUUUUUUCUUUGAUCAAAAGAAAAUUUGAUACCGUUAACUCGGUAUUGGGUUAUGCACGUCACGCAUUCUACUCCAAGCAAAGAGUGUGACAGGUGACGAACAGUACGUUAUGGAACAUUUUAUUAAGUUAUAUCGCGGGGUUUUCCCUACUAUUUAUGUUGCGUUUUUGAAUUGUGACUGAUUUUCGUCUACAGACCAAUGCCGUCAGUGGAUAAACACUUUAUUGCCGGACUGUAGCUAUAAAACAGCGUGCCUUUGACAGGACCGCAAGUGAUCUGAUACCGUUUCUAUGUCGAUAUCGGCAAAUUAGAGUCUGAGUGUGCAUGGAAAUCAUAAUGAAGAAAAUUUCUCAUUCCUACGGUUAUUUGAGACCAAAAAUGAAGCUCCUCUCUGUCUGCAGUUACUGGAGAUAAAAUUGAAAAAAGAAAUAGUCAAACUAAUUUGAAACUGCUAAAGCUGUGAUGCUUGUCACGGCAGUCUUGUCCAUUUCCCUAAGUUUUCCAAAUACUGGGCAGCACUAAAAUAUGGAAUCCGGAAAAGGAAACAGAAACGGAAACGGAAUACGGAAUCCGUGAAAGAAGGUUCCAAGCGAUCGAUUUAUAAAAAUAUAUUAGCAAUGACCACAAAAAUAAAUGAACAAAUUUAAUACCUGGGCAGAGGAGACUGAUGUAUGACUAGAGGAGUCGAUUCCAGUGAAAAGACUCUUCAUACCACUUCAGGUAAUGAACUACGGAGUUGUGGAGUCCAAAGAGAAGAGAGAAUUGUGCAUGCAUUUGGUUGAUUCCGCAAAUGAUUACAUCAAAAUAAUGCGCCAAGUUUAAUAAGCCUCUUCAACGUAAAAUACGGACUUAACACAAACUCAAUUACACCAAUAUUCCAUCAGCAUUCAGCUUGGCGAAAAAGUUUAAGUUAUUGCUAGAAUCCCGGAACUGUGGCAGUGGCGUAUCUAGACCUUCAGAUAGGUGGGGGGGCAUGCAGACCCUGAGAUAAGGGGGGAGGUCUCAAAGAAAUUGUUUUUCGGCCCUUCGGGCCUCACUUUGGUCUAAAAAUAAGGGGGGCGGGUCCUCCGGGCCCCUCUCCUGGAACCACCACUGUGUGGUCAUGUUACGGGUCGGUCAUGUGCUGAGUAUUCAGUUUGGGGAACAAUCAUGUAGUUUGGUCUGAGGCCAAAUACUACUACUCUUGAUAUUUAGCUAAAAAGGUAAUGUUUAACUUUAAUAUUCAACCCAUAAACUUGUGAAUAAAAAUACUUGUAAAAUUACUUUUAUCGGCCUUGCAGUGCAAUAAAUCACACUAUGGCAAACCUUAUCAAGACAAAUUGACAAAGGUAUAUUUAAGGGAACUGCAAAGAAAACUAAAACAAAUUCUCUUUAGAUUGUACUAAAUUAUGCAAUGUGAAAUUCUUUAAUUUUCUACCAUUGAUAUUUGAUUCCGUAUUCCGUUUCCGUUCCCAUAAUUCCGUUUCCGGACUCUAGAUUCCUUGUUUUACUGCUGCCACAAAUACUCGCCCUCACUCGCUAUGGAUUUUGGCGCGAGCGAGUGAAGAAAUUACUUAUAAAUCACAAGAUGAUGCCAACUGGUAAACAUAUCGACAUUACUACUGUACUUCGGAGUAAUAUGAACAGUAACUUGACAACGUUCAUAUUUGGUUGUCUAAAAAAACUUGCACGAACUAUCGUCCAGUCUAAAGAAAAUUGUUUAGGGGUUAUCGUUUCUGUAAGCAAUCAAUUUCUAAUACAAAAAAAACCUUCGUGACAUACCUGGUAGCAAUCAAGGCAGGUACAAGGCUUACUCGCCUACCCAUGCUACCCUGGGCGAGCUAACGUUCCUACAUCUCCGCCUAACCGGGCCACUCUGUAUCGAUGGUAGGGUAAUUCUCCUAACCGGGCCAAAUUUUCUCCAUAUAAACACUUCGGUUCGCCCAGCCUGCUCAACUAGGUAAAGGCGAGACAACCAGAGGAUGCGUUAGCGCUGUUGUCAGCUUUUGGCUCAGACAAAAGGAGCCAACGUUGUAUGCUUCUCAUAUAAAGGCUCGCUAAAGUUGACUCGGCUGGAAGGGUGAACCUCCAUUCUUUUACCACAGUUUUUCUAACAACUGUUGUAAUAGUUUCAAGAAUGGUCAGUCUGUAGAAGUGUUAAAAAAGGUAAGUAGUUAGCAUUUCAACAACUGUGGUAACUAGCUCGUUUUGGACGUUUUUAACAUUUUGUCUUUAUUUUAUUUUAUUAUCAGUAAGUGCCUCAGAAUGGAGCACAGCUUGGAAAUAACAGAGGACACUCUCUGUGGUCUGAGGCUCAUUAAACUUCUCUUUAAUGGUGGAACAGAGAGGUUAAGAAAUGUUUUCGACAACCGUGUGCCAAACCUGCAGCAAUUUCUCAAAAUCAAAGAGGCUGACAUUAAAAAGCUCAUUAAAAAAAAAAUCAUUAACAAGUCACAGAAGGACAAAUUAUACCCGCCCGUUGGAUCCCCUUCGUCCAAGAAUUUCGAUAUCUCUCUGCUUUACAAUUUACUUCGAAACGUUUGUGGACUACCGUCUCCCGCUACUGGCUGGGGAACCAAGCCUGCCUCUACGGAUCGCACAGUUCAAGGCGCUAUAGAGAUGAUUCAUUGGUAUCGUAACAAGUACAGUCAUCCCUCGGUGGUCGAAGUUGAUAAAACUUCUUUCGAUGCCUCAUGGAGAGAAAUUUCUGAAGCGAUGCAACGACUUGGUGAAGAUGCAUCUCGGAUAGCAAGCCUUAAAGUUGCGUCACUGUUGACCGGAAACUGCAUAGAAAGGCUCGCGAAGUUUGAUUUCUCCGCCGAAGUCGAGUGUUAUUCGUCAAAACAUCAUCGUGGAACCCGCGAGUGGGUUUUCUGUCACGUAGACUCGUGGUUUCUCGAUCGGGGUUCAGAUUCGCGUGUUUUAAUCGUCGCUGGAAAUGCUGGCAUGGGAAAGACAGUUAUUGCAGCAAAGUUGUGCAAGAAAAUGAAGGAUCAGGGGCGUCUUGGUGGUAUGCACUUUUGCCAGCAUAAUAACCAGAGAAGACGGAAACCAGAGCUGAUGCUUCAGUCACUUGCAAAGCAUUUAUGUGAUUCACUUCCAGGAUUCAAAGAAAUUUUAACAGGUAAGAUUUUUAUUUUAAAAGCAGUUACGAUAUAUAAUUAUGCAAUGAAGGCUUCAAGAAUAAGGAUGCUAUUAAAGAGAGCUGCAAACAGUGAGGUUCCUAAAACACAAAGGAGGAAAAUGAAGAAAUAUUUUCCCAGUAUUACUUAUUUGUUUUGCAUUUAGAAAAGUGCAAAGGGGUAUGGUCAAAGAAGAGGCAGCUGUGCUUCCCUCUUACCCACAGGUUACUGAUUAUCGUGAAUUUACCACGACCACUUGCUAAAUGGCUACUUGGUCAAGAACCUUAUAAAAUAUAAUGUGGGUAUAAAAAAAGGAAUAGAAGAUAAGGCAAAUAAGUGUUAAAUGUGAUCAGCAGCUGAGGGGAUCGCAUUUAUUAUUUAUUUCCUACAGCCCAAGCUCGUAUGUCGCGAUAUUCAUAUAUUAAUUUUUUUUUUACUCACCAUCUCCAGGUCUAUUACGAAAUUAUAAUUGACGUUGGCCGUGUAAUCUCAGUAUUAGCGUUUCUUUCUGGUCAUCGCGAUGAUCAGCGUUCGAUACCUUAUCAUGUCGGAUGUUUACUUUCAUUUUCUUUUUCAUCAAUUGCUACUGACAGCAGGUUAACAAAACUGCGAUGAUCGCAUUGACGUUUUGUGAUUAAUUUUUACGAGUAAAACCCAGUGUUCAAGGUCAGUGUAUUAAAGCAUGUUUCUUGUGGAAAGUGAAACUCAUCAAAGGCGAAAGUAGUGAAGGUUACUGUUGGAAUCGUUGAACUCAACAAUUGUAUGAUUAAUGUAGCUGGAAUGAUACUUAUAUAUUCAUUUCCUCCGGUCCGUUGUGUUUAACUUUUUAGUCUUUGUAAAAAUUCACGUGGUAAGUUAUACUUAGUAUUCAGAAGUGAGACAUUGUCUUUUACUAAUAGGUCAGCUGGCCUCCGUAAGUGCUAACGAACUAGCGAGUAUGAACAUAGAAGAGCUGUUUACCCAUCUCCUUCAGGAGCCAACAAACAUCAUCGAGGACCCAGGUAUGAAUUUCCUGUUGUUGGUCGAUGCUUUAGAUGAAUGCGAGUACGAUGGAAGGAACAGACUGUUAGACGUUAUUAUGUCGCAGUUUCACAAGCUGCCAACUUGGAUAAAGUUUCUCGUGACAGGCCGACCAGAAAACCAGAUGGCCAAAAAGCUUGAGCAUUUAAAUCCCCUCGUCCUUGACGCUCAGGACGAAAACAAUCAGAAAGACAUUGAGGUGUUUUUGGAGGAUAGUUUAAGGGAUAUCUUACCAAGCUGUGACGUGAAGGAAAAUGUUCAUCGCUUUGUCAAUCAAGCCGAAGGGCUCAUGCUUUACGCGCACUAUUUUGUCCAAUUUGUCAAAGAAAAUAAAGAAACUGUGAAGCCUGAGGAUCUCAACGACAUCUUCCCUAGUGGAAUUGCCUCCGUUUAUGAACAGUACUUUGGUCGCCUACAGAUGAAUCUCGGCGUCGAGAAUGGGCCUUUCUGCGACUUUCUAGCUUCAAUUGCUGCAGCGCGGUCUCCGUUGCCCGUUACGGUUGCUUACAGAAUACUAGGAUUCUGCCGCGACACUGUAGAUGGUAAUUCAGGUCAAAUUCAAAAGAUCUCGGGAUCCAUCUCAACCCUUCUGCCCAUUCGAAACGAGUGCAUUGAUGUUUUUCACAAGUCGAUCGUUGACUGGUUGUCUGUCCCUGAAUUAUAUGGAAACCACAGAUUCACAGUUGACUUGAAUCGAGGCAACGCCAUUCUUUCUAGUGAGUGUAUGAAGAUCUACCAGGCCAUUGAGAAUCGUCAUAAUGUCGACGUUGCUGAGAACACUACAGAAGAAAACUAUGCUCUGCAACACGGAACUUACCAUUCUACUGCCUCUGAAUGUUUGGAAAUAAGUGAAAGGCAAAGAAAUGAACUCUUUCGCCAUGCGUGCAGCCUAGAGCUCCUGUAUGCCAAGUUACAGAGCAAAGUUUGUGAUGUCUUUUCGAUCAUCGAAGAGCUUCAGUGCAUCAAGUCAAUUUUGAAUUUGCCACAUGUGGACUCGAUGGAACUGGACGACUGCAUAAAUUGCUUGAAGCGACAUCCUUACGUUCUGAUGGAGAACCCUGAAAUGAUUUUUCAGUUUUUGGUAAACGAGGCCGAAACAACCGCAAUGAGUCUUGAAGCUUGUGCUGUAAUGCAUCAACCCCCAUUUGAGAUUCCUCUUCGGGUGGAGGUGGUUAACAGAGCCCAGUCUAAGAAUCCAGUAACUUCUAAAUUCCGAUGUAAGACCUACGUGAAUUGCUGUGAUGUUUUGAAAGAUGGCGAACACUCACUUUUGGUCUGUGGAUGUAAAGGGGGCUUUAUUCACAUGUUUUCCUUGGAGACAGGAAGGGAACUAUGGUCCUACCAAAGUGAUGACGUUGAGGUAUGGCCAGAGGAGGAACGUUGCAGCUACUGUGUAUUUGUCCCCCAUCAUGGCGCAAUCAUCUAUGGUCGAUUCGAUAGUGCUGUGACAUUUAAAGGCGAGUCCAUGCAGCUGUUUCCGGACAACAGUCAUUCUUUCAUCGAUUCAUGUGUUUCACAAGACAGGAAAAAGUUGGUGACUCGACAGACACAUUUGACUGCCGCCCUUUUUGUAUGGGAACUUGACACAGGAAACAUGCUGGCCCGUUUGGAGCAAACAACUGCCAGCAUCACCUGCUGCACAAUCUCAUCCUGCGGAAACUUUGUCAUUUCAGGUAGCUUUGACCAAGGCGUCUCUCUUUGGGACAUAAAUGAAGCACCUAACUACCGAUGUCAGCACAAUUCAUUUGACGGCGAACAACCUUUUAUAAUUGACUGUCUGGCGAGUUUGGAAGGAAGUUCCCAGCAUGUUAUUGUAAACUCUUCAAAGAAGCAGUCGUUAACGGUGUGUGAGAUAAACACAUCCACGUGCGAGGCCUCGAAGACAACGCUCUUACACCUGGGGUCGACUCACAAAAGCCUUGGGGUAUCAAGCAGUGGAGGCCUAUUGUAUGUGUGCGGUGAUUCCCAGCGUAUCAGCUGUGAUAAUGUACCAUUUCAGGUUCGCAUUGUUCCAAUUUCCAGUGCGACGAAGUGGGAAUAUCUUAAAGAGGUGGACUUAGAAAGGGUUCUUCUACGGGACUGUGAGACCGUCUAUAUGUGCCAGUCCUUAGAGAAGGCAGAGUCUGCUGUUGUGACUGACAGAGGUGUGCAAGCCAUUUCCUUUUCAGUGGAUGGGAAACAUGUUUACGUUCUGUCCAAGGUAGGAAUGAGCAUGUACGAAGCUUCAAGUGGUCGUUUUCUACGGAACAACACGAACGUUUGCCAAGCAAAUUUCUUUGCUCUGUCACCCAAUGGAGAAUUCAUUCUGAUUCAAACCAAAGAUGUCUUUGAAAUAUACAAUUGCAAGCUUGAGUAUCAGUGGUCUCUAUUGGAUCAUCCAGUUGCACACCACUUUUUCUUCAAAUUCAUUGACGAUGACAGAGUUUUGUUCUUGUCUAAAAGGGGAGACAUUCAAGUGUGGAACAUCGCUGAGAGUAAGUUAUUUGUUGAAAAGCUGAACUCGAAUAACUCUUUGGUUGAAUGUUGCGACUUCUUUACCUUGGAAAAGAGUGUAGGUGACAUAAGCACUAAUUGGCAUUAUCGACUUCUCUGCUGUGAUCGUCAUGGUAGCUUAAGUUUGCAUGACACGUUCAAAAGUCGCACUUUUACACAGAAGGUUCCUAAUGACCAAAUUGUCAAGUGCUGCAAGUUUUCACCAGAUGGCCACUCUGUAGUGACAGGCCACAUUGAUGGCACAUUACGGAUUUGGGAGGGUAGCCUUUUUGUAAUAAAGAAGAUUUUGCCUUCUGGAGAUGGAAUGGUCAACGGGUGCAGUUUCUUAGUUCAAAAUCUUGGAGACGUCGUUGUGGGCGUGCACGAGUCUGGUGCUUUUAACGUAUGGGAUGUGUUUCGGGAACGUGUGCUUGGAUUUAUGAGCUUUGAAGGCAAACUUCGUGGACUCGUUACUUCUCCAUUGAAUGCGCAGGUCUGUGUCGCUCUUGAGGACAAAAUGGUCAUUCUAAAUGUUCACGGACCUGAGAUUGAUUAA